AUGUGGGCAAAUGGGUCUUCUCGAGAGGACGGGCUGGUGGGGCAAGGUAUGCACGAUCUCUUUUCUUUCUCUCUCCUUGCUCUGCAGUAGAUGCUCUUCCAAGCUGGAUGUAUGUGCAGGCGUCUAGUUCUUUCUCUCUCUUUUUUCCUUUUCCCCUUUCCUGCAACUCUUCACGGGAUCACCAUUUCCCCCAGAGUCGUCCUCUUCGGUCGCUGUUGAGGCAGGACCCUCCGUGCACGACUCGGCUUUUGUUUUGUUUCUCUCUCACACACUCACGCACCCUCCUCUUCUUUUCCUCCUCCUCCUCCUCCUCCUCCCUGCCUUCCUCCGUUCACAACCGCAGCGAGCAGACGAGAGAGAACGAGGGAGGCGGGCGAGGAGGUCACGGAGCCUGGUCAAUCCUCGCUCUCGCCCCCUUGUGCCUCCCACACAACGGGCGGAGAAGAAGAAGAAGAGGAGAGAGGGGCGACCACGGCGGACGACGAAGCCGACCACCACGACGGCGGCUCCACGCCUCCCUCUCUCUCUCCCGAGCCCCGCCGCCCCCUUUUCUCCUAGCUCUUCCUCCCCGGCUGCGAAGAAGAACCUGCUGCUCCGGCGUCCGGCCCGGCGGCGGAAAGGCGGCCGAGCCCAACUUUGCGCCCGCGGUGAUGAAGUUGAAGAGCUGAGGAGCGGCAGCAGGAGGAGGAAGGGCCGAGUCGAGCAGCUUCUCCUUCUCCUUCAGGACGACGCCGGAAGGGGAACGGCGAGCGGAGGAGGGCGAAAGGACCGGCUUUAUCGUCCCCCAGAUCCGGCUGGCAGCGCUGAGUGGCCCUCCCUACCUUGCUGCGCCCCUGUGGUAAUUUCAUAG